GAACUGAUCAUCGAAACACUGCUGCUACUUACUGAAAAAAAAAAAAAAAACAUCAAACGGAAAACCAUCAACAUUGUAUGCUAUAAGUGGAAGCCCACCUUUAGGCUUACAAAAUGAACCCACAAACAAAAAUGUAGUACAUCUAUCCCCACUGUAACUUAAUUUCGAUGUAACAAUCAUACAAGCAUACAACAGUAUUCUGCAUUUUGAACAGAGUGAACGAAAGGCAAAGCAAACAAAACUACAAAACAUAUUAAUUAACAAUUUAAGCGCGUAGGUUAUAUUAUAUUAUACCACGGAGCAAAUCCGAUACAAGUUGCAACUAUUACACAAGUACAUCAUGCAUUUUAAUCAUAUACAAAUGAAUAUUUAAAUAAAGAAAAUGUUAGUAUUUAAAAUAUGGGUGUUUUUAUAACCAUGCCAUCUUCGAAAAUCUAGGAGUACUAUAAUUUUAAUAAAAUAGAACCAACACUUGCACGCUUUUUAGUGUGUUUGAAAGUUUUUGUUCCCUUUUCAACCGAGUAAAGUACUUAAUUUAUAUCUGAGCAAAUAUAUUCUGAUCGGAACAGUUCUAGAAAAACACAAUAAGGGCAACAAAAUGACUCGUCCUUCAUUUAGCUCUCAUUUCCACAGUGUUGUUUGGAUACUUUUUGAUAAAUUUAAAUAUACGCUUUGCUAUAAUAUCAUAAAUGAACAAUCUGACGCACUCUAUUCCCCCGAUACUAAGCGGGAAAUUCCCUUAAUAGUUUUAAAGUACCUCCCCCUCAAUCUGUGUCCCGUCACUUAUCUGUUGGCCCAGUCCUGCCAGUGGAAAGGGGGGCUGCAAAUGUUGAAUGAAAGCGAAAGUCAAUGUGGGACAAAAAGCUUCGCUCUGGCAAAGCUCUCUCCUCGACUCGAGUCGUCCUGGCGUCGGGUAUCCUGCACGACGACGACUUUUGACUCCGCCGAACUCUGCUGUGGACUCUCCGGGAUGCCAUGGAAACUUUUUCACCGCCACAGUCUUCCGUAGUCCUGUCGAGUAAUGUGCGCCGUUGAGGAACAGUUUUUGCACGCAAAAAUUUGAGUUUUAUUUUUUGGACUCUUUUUUGUUUGUCCCCCCCGACACACUCACACACACACGCGCACACACAUACCACACUCAUACACUCUUCACACACAGUCACAAAAAAUAUCAACAAAUACUAUGAUUUCAAAAAUAUAAGAAAAGAAAAGAAAAGAAAAGAGCAGAGCACAAAACGCGGGCAACAUUUUUAAACAAAUUUUACAACAACCGACGGAAAAAUAUAUAAAAGAAACAAAAAUCUGGCGAAAUACAACAAAUAUUUGCUAAAAGUGUUAUUUGAUAAAUUAACAAAAAAUAAAUAAAUUUAAAUAAAAACGAAAAAAAAAUCGACGACGGAAACAGCAAUAAAUACCAGCAAAAUAUGCAAAAUAGUUCUAACUGUAAAUUACAGUGCCUUCUAUAAAAUAAACAACGUCGCUAUCACCACCACCAAAAACCCCUCUCAACAACAGCUACAGCAAUAAAAACAGCAACAAAAACAGAAGCAGCAGCAGGAGCAGCAUCAACCCAGAAAUUUCGUUAAGCAAAACACGCAGCACCUUUAGUAUGAAAUGAGGCGGCCAGACAAACGCAUCGACAACGAAGAUCGAACACGUAUACGGCUAAGGAUUGGAAUACGACGGUUACGGGAAGCAUGAACAGCAACAGCCUGCAGCAAUGGUGGGAGCACACGUACCGCCGGCAUCAUCUCGAGCCGAACAACGACCUCGACACCACGGAGCUGCAUUACGCGCUCCUCGAGCAUAACCAGCUUGGUGGCAGCACUGGAAUCCUGCCCACGGACCUGGAGGGCUCGGCGACGGACUUUGAUUACGGCAACUUUAGCCUGAUCAAUCCGUAUGACCUUGACGCUGCUGGCGGCGAUUCGGAGAAUGCCAUAUCCUCGCUGACGCUCCUUCUUCUGGCCGUCAGCUAUGGUCUCGUGGUCUUUGGCGGCGUCGUUGGCAACUCCACUCUGGUGCUCACCCUUUGCUCGGCCUCCUCGGUUCGACUGCGGAAUCCCCUACUGCUGGCCGUGUGCAUUGCCGAUCUGCUGGUCACGGGCAUUUCGGCGCCCGUCACGCUCUUGAAUCUGGCCAUGAACCGCAGGACGAGAUCGCUGCCGCUGGUGCUCUGCAAGGUCAUACAUUACAUCCAGGUCAUGCCCGUGGCGGCCAGCACCAUCUCCUUUUUCAUGCUCUCCCUGGACCGAUAUGCCACCGUUAAGCAUCCUCGUUUGGCCCAGCUGCGGCAGCGUCGAUAUCUGCACGUCUCCCUGGCCUUGAUCUCUUGGCUGGCCUCGGCGGCCAUCAGUACGCCGUUCCUGUUCGCCUAUAAGAUCAUAGCCAAGUCGGUGAUCAUCAAGGGAGUUGGUAGCACGAACGCCAGCACUACACCGAAUCCCGUUAGCAUCAGCUGCACCUCUGAUCUGGGGGCCAAUGCCAUGUUCAUGUCGUUCAUCAUCUUCCACACGAUAGCCGUGUUCGUGCUGCCCGGGGUGGGGGUGCUGCUCAAUCACUACGGGGUGCGGCGCAAGCUCUGCGCCCUGUCGCUGACGGCUCGAGCGGCCCACGGGGAGCUGCCCCUGCCCAUGCCCAUCCUGCGACGACAGACGCACAUGGUGAUUGUGACGGGUUGCGCCAAUGCCCAGCAGGCGGCCUGUGGAGGCCCCACCACCGUGGACGAUACCUCGAAUGGGAAUGGCACUGGCGGCGGUGGGCAAAUGGCCGUGAGUCCCGGGGACAUACAAAUGCACACGUUACAGCCUCGCCUGCCAGGAUCUGGUUCGGCCCUUGAGCCGGGCUCCUUUCGUUCCAGCAACCCCAUAUCGCCCAGGGCAAUGAGGGAAAUACGGGCCCACUCGCAGCGCCAGCGGAUACAUCGGGCUGGGAGGGGUCCGGCCACGCCUGGCAUACCGCUGCCACAGACCUCGACGCUGAGGUCACGCCGUCACUUGGCCAACAUGCUGAUCGCCUCCGCCUUAAUCUUUAUCGUUUGCUGGGCCCCGCAUGUCUUUUGCAUAUUCUAUAAGAAUUUCGGCUACAAGCAAUACUGCAGCAAAUCCUCUGUCUACUUCAGUCUGUUGUUGGGGUAUUUCUAUUCGGCCAUCAGUCCGGUCAUAUAUUGGGCGCUCAAUCACAAUUCGCUUCGACAAUCGCCCUGUGCGCCCAUCAUACGGCUGCGCUCCAUGCAAAAUUUCCUGAGAUCGCGCUUCCGGACGCACACGGUGCCCCCACCGCCAUCGUCCACCAAUGAGGCGGCCCUGGGUGCAUUCAAUCCGAAACUGAUCAAGCUGACACCGAAACAGUAUAGAGCUCAGGCUUCUUCGCAUUAUCUCUACUAGUGUGAUACUAAACUAAAAAACUUGAUAUACAUAUAUAUAGUAUAUAUAGUAUAUAUAUACUUACAUAUAUAAUAUAUUUUUUACUUACGACCUGAUCCUCAAGAGUCCUGUCUAGCCCCCUGCCCUACGCUCCCUCCCAGAACCCAACCAAAAACGAACUAUCUAGAUGUUUUUCAAAAGCUCUACGCAAUUAGUUGGCAAAACCUACUACAAUAUAUACAUAUAUACAAAUACAUAAUACAUAGGGCAUACAUAUAUACAUAUAUAUAUGUGGUUGCGGCCACUCAUAGCAGUGUUAGUUGACGCUUAUUUACACUACGAUGUUGUGCGCCUAAAGCUAUGCAAUAAAAGGAGAAACCGAAACCUGUCGGUGAUGAAAGAUGAAUGAUAGACGGAAAACCAAAAGCAAAACUCUUCUAGUGACUUGUUCGAAAUGUUGUUUAGUCUUUUAAGAACCGAAACGAAACGAAAAAAAAACAAAAUACAAAAUAUUGUACUAUGUUCCUUCUCAUAGAUAAGCAAUAAGAUGAACGCUUUAAGCCAAGUUAAACGAACGAAAGCAAAUCAAACUAAACAAGAUCUAAAACUUUUAAACAAUUAAAAACCUAACAAAAUCUAAAUCAAAUACGAGUACAUACCUAACGAAACAUACAUAAACUUACAUAUAUACAUACAUAUACAUAUAUAUAAAAAACGAAAAAUCUAACAAAAAAAAAAAGAUUAUAAAUGUGUGGAAAAGAUUAAAAAAAAAAAAAACGAGUAUUGUAUACAUAUUUCUAUGACUUAAUUCUUAUACACUUUUUCUAACCAUUUUUGAAUAUCGUACAGUGCAAUUCAAGAGAGAAAAAGAGAGAGAAAAAUCCACAGAGAGAUCUCCGAGCGCGCGUUUCAGAUCAGAUCAGAUCAGACUCAGGUUCGGGUUUCAUUUGCAAUGUGGACGACUCGCUUGGGAGUGUUUCCCCGUUGCCGCCGCCCACUCAAUUGCAAAACUAAUCUGCCACUAUCCGUUGCCAACUUUUCCACAUUUUCUAUACAGGUCUUUUUAUACUACACUACCCCGACCAUUGGCACAUCUGAGGGAAACUACUGUGUAUUUCUUUACUUUACAAAGCAAUGCUGUCGUCAAUCAAAUCAUUUAAUUUCUAAACUGUAUGUAAACCACCUUCCACCUUCCACCUUAAAGCCAUCUGAAGCAGCAGCUGUUGUUAUCGCCUUUGAACUAGUGGCUAGAAACCCUAAACUUAACUUUUAAUAAUAUCAUUUUGUACUUUAACUAAACCUUCAUCGAAAAAACCAAUGAGAAACUCUAAAAACUAUAAAUAUGCUACAUACUAAAAA